AUGGUCGAAGGUCCCGGCUGCACUCGGAACAAGGAAAUGAUCCGUGCCCGAGUGGCCCGGGGGCAGGUGGUGACACGCAUGCAGGAAACCGCAUUGCUGUCACCACCAUUCUGGCCUGCAACGACGGGAGGCGGUUCUGCUGCUGCUGCUGCUGCUGCUGCCGCUAUGACUGGGAAUAAGGUCCCUUGUCAAGACUUCUUGAGUAUGCUUAAUGGGUGUGUAUUCAGUGGUGUGGAAACUCUGGGGAAGGACCUUUUCAUGUAUUUUGGACAGAAAGCCUUGAGGAUCCACUUUGGCAUGAAUGGUUCUUUGCGUAUAAAUUUAGAGCAAAACAGAAGUGGAGCAUUGGCAGUCCUGGAAAUACAACUUACUGCUGAUUUGAUUUGUUUCUAUGAUGCACCUGUAGAGCUUAGGAACAUUGCUGAAAGUGAACAGAAAAUUAGAAUGUUAGAAGACUUGGAUGUUUGCUGUCCAAAAUUUAGCUUUUUAAGAGCAGAAAGUGAAAUUAAAAAGCAAAAGGGCCAUAUGUUAUGUGAUGUUUUGCUCGAUCAGGCAGUCCUACCUGGAGUGGGAAAUAUAAUAAAGAAUGAAGUACUUUUUGACAGUAGUCUCCAUCCUGCUGUUCGUGCUUGCCAGUUAACAGAUGAGCAAGUACAUCACUUGGUGAAAAUGACUCGGGAUUUCACACUACUCUUUUAUGAGUGUCGUAAAAUGGGAUCAGCAUUAUAUAAACAUUACAGAGUGUGCAAGCACUGUGGUCAAUGCAGAACAAAGAUCACUGUGUGCCACUUAGGAGAGAAUAACAGAAUGACAUACUUCUGCCCUCUGUGUCAAAAGGACAAACCUCAGCUUGUGGAUCCUGGCAGACUGCCAAGAAGAAAUAGUUUAAUUGGCUGGGCAUGCAGCAGGAGGUCAUGUUGCAAAGAACUAGUUGCUCAGAAAUGGGAAGGAGAGUGGGCCUGUACACUCUGCACUCUAAUAAACAAGCCUUCUAUCAAACUCUGUGAUGCGUGCCUGACUCCAAGGCCUGAACUUCAAGAAAUACAGAAGAAUGAUGCUUCAACCACCUUUAACAGCAGCUUAGUCAAGUACCCAUGUAAUAACUUUGGAAAGCCAAGGACAGAAAUUAAGAUCCAGAGGACAGAAAUUAAGAUCAACAGGAAAACUGUGUUUGGGACUACGACGUUAGUGCUGACGGAUUUUGCUAGUAAAUUAGCUCUGCCAAAACAUAAUGGAAGUGGAAGUCUAACUCCAGAUGGAAUCCCUCUGUGUGAUUCUUCAAGUAAUGAAUAUAAUAGUACCAACCACUAUGCAGUAAAUAUACCAGUAUCCUUCCCCCAUCAAUAUAAUUCUUUAAAGCCAGUGCAGAAGAAACAGAAGAUUGAUUACUCAUCUUAGUCUGUCGGGACCAUCAUUGAGAAUUUAACAAGCAGAGCCUCUCCAGUUAAUAUGAUAGAUGGCUCCUGCACAUUAAAUGCUGGCAGUCCUCGCUGCAGUAAACACAACCGCUUCUGUGUUCUUCGCGUUGUGAGGAAGGACGGAGAAAACAAGGGCAGGCAGUUUUAUGUUUGUCCUUUACCUAGAGACGCCCGGUGUGACUAUUUUGAAGUAUGUGAGAUUUGGGCAGACCUGCAUUUUCCCUUCUGCAAUCAUGGGAAGCACAGCAUUAUGAGGACGGUGUUGAAGAUUGGCCCUAAUAAUGGAAAGAAUUUCUUUGUGUGCCACCUUGGGAAGAACGAACAGUGUGACUUCUUUCAGUGGGCAGAAAAUGGUCCAGGAAUGAAGAUUAUCCCAGGAUGCUGAGCUAUUCAUCUCCAGUACACCGUCUGACGUUAAUCUUCUCAAACUGUGUGUACUAUACUGCUCUUCUCUGGGAGAUAUUUUAGGAGGGCCUUGAUCAUGCCUUCUAUUGUCUCUCCUUCUAACCGCUUCUGUGAUUUGUUUUAUCUAACAUUAGAAACUCACAUAU